CACAAAUUAACUUUACUAAGAUUGCCAAGGACUUCCUCCAACUGUAGUUAGGGUUCUGACAUCGGUCCAGAGGGGCUUGAAGGUUUUAGAGAUACCAGAGACUUUAAGGAAAAACUGGAAAGAGCUCUAAGGGCCUUGAAAUCAAAGCAUCGAAGUAUCGUGUCAGGGGAAAGAGGAAGAUGGCUCCCAAAUGUGUCCGGCUGCUCCUACUGCUGAGCUGUGUAGCUGGCCCUGAAGUCCUGAGUGAUCUCGUGAGACCCAGCUGUGCUUCGGGGUGGUUUUAUUACAAGUCCCACUGCUAUGGGUACUUCCGGAAGAUGGAAAACUGGUCUCAUGCUGAGCUGGAGUGUCAGUCAUAUGGAAAUGGAUCCCAUUUGGCAUCUGUCUUGAAUGAAAAGGAAGCCAGCGUCAUAUCAAAUUACAUAUUUGGCUAUCAAAGAAACCUGCCUGUGUGGAUUGGCCUGCAUGACCCCCAGAAGAAUCAGUUAUGGCGAUGGAUUGAUGGGUCUACACAGCUGUACAGACCCUGGAAUCGCAGGACAAAGAGUGAAGGCAGGCACUGUGCUGCGCUGAACCCGAAGGACAGAUUCUUAACUUGGAACAAAAACAGAUGCAAUGAGCACCAACACUUCCUAUGCAAGUACAAGCCAUAGAGCAAGAAUCGAUGUCUGCCAGCCUCGCACAAGCCCCUUCUUCUUCCCUCUCAUCUGGUGGCUGAUAUAAUCGUUAUCCCUGAGAGUAAAUGCAGCAGCGAACACUGAUGAGUCCUCCGGUACACAGACUAUCAGGCUCAGAGAGCUUGGCAUGGUGGGACAGUGGCUUCUGAUCUCAGUGUUCACACCACAGUCCUUUCUGAUAUUCUGCUUCCCUUUGGCUAUCUUAAACAAAUAGAAAUGCACCUCCUGACCACUGGGUCUCUGUCAUACCAGUAAAGUUUGGAGCC